AGGAUGUCUAAUACUAACACUUCAGUACUUGAUUGCUUCAAACCUGAUGCAAAAUUCAACACGCGUGAUCGGAACACUGCAAAUUAUCAUCCUAGUAUUUGGAAGGAUCAUUUCCUUCAAUAUGCUUCACAAUCCAUGGAAUUUGAUGAUGAAACGAAGGCACAAAUUGAAAAACUGAAGAAAGAAGUAGUCAAAAUGCUUAUUGAUAUCUCUAAACCCAUUGAAGAAAUAGUUAACUUGAUUGAUUUAAUAUGUCAUUUGGGGAUUCAUUAUCACUUUGAAAGCGAGAUUGAUGAAGUGCUGCAACAAAUUCACAAGAAUUAUACCCAAAAUGGAGAAAUAAUAAUUGUUGAUGAUAACCUUCGCUUACUUGCUUUGCUUUUUAGGUUAUUAAGGCAACAAGGAUAUCACGUUUCACCAAAUGUGUUCAACAAAUACAAGGAUGAGAAUGGAAAUUUCAGUGAAAAACUUGUGAAGGAUGUGGAGGGAUUGGUAGAGUUGUAUGAAGCAUGUCAUCUCAGAAUUCAUGGAGAAGAAAUAUUAGAUGAAGCUUAUGCAUUCGCUUCCACUAAACUUAAAUCCAUUGCGACCCAAUUGAAGCCUUCACUUGCAGCACAAGUCAAUUAUAGUUUAAAGCAAUCUUUACACCGAGGUUUGCCGAGAUUGGAGGCACGCCGUUUUAUUUCAAUAUAUGAAGAAGAUCCAACCCAUAAUCAAAUUCUACUCACUCUUGCAAAAUUAGACUUUAAUUUCCUACAAAACUUGCAUCGAAAAGAAGUUGGCAACAUUUGCAAGUGGUGGAAGAAGCUUGACGUUGCUGCAAAUUUUCCAUAUGCUCGAGAUAGAAUUGUGGAAUGUUGUAAUUGGGUUCUAGCGGUUUAUUUUGAGCCCCAAUAUUCUCAAGCUAGAAAAAUAUUGACAAAAUUAUUGGCUCUUACAUCAAUUAUUGAUGAUACAUACGAUGCUUAUGGAACUAUAGAUGAACUAAAACUUUUCACUGAGGCAAUUGAAAGGUUGGUAAAAAAUUAUAAAUAG